AUGUUCGGCGUGAUUGCAGAUCUGCUCUCCUCGAUCAUUACGAUCCUCUUCCCCAUCUUCGCCUCCUUCAAGGCCCUCCGAUCAGGCGAUCCCUCCCAACUCGCACCAUGGCUGAUGUACUGGGUGGUCCUGUCGGCCCUCCUGAUGGCGGAGUCGUGGACUUACUUCAUUGUGGGAUGGCUCCCCUUCUACAGCUGGAUCCGCCUCUUCUUUUUCUCCUACCUGGUCCUCCCGCAGACCCAGGGCGCCCGUCUCCUCUACCAGACCUACGUGGACCCCUUCCUCGAACACCACGAACGUGAGAUCGAAGAGUUCAUCGGCCGCAGCCACGAACGCGCCAAAGCCCUGGGCCUGCAGUACUUCUACCAAGCCCUCGACUGGGUGCGCGAGAACAUCCUCCAUCUGCCCGCGCAGCGUCCGGCCGCGCCCCCGCCGCCGACCGGGCCCGCCUCCUACGCCCAGUCGCUCCUCUCCCGCUUCAACCUGCCCACCAGCACGACCGGUGUGAGCGGUCCCAUGCCCACCCCCAACAAUGACUGGUUCUCGGCGAUCAGCUCGGCCGUGGCGGCGGUGACGUCGACGGGGAAGAGCCCCGAAGCCCGCGCCGAGGAGCUCUCGGCCAGCGGAACGCUGCUGCCCCGGGAGAUGGCGUCGAUGUCGCGCGAGGAGAAGGCGCGGUACAUUUCCAACCAGCGGGAUCUGUUGGAUGUGGUGCGGAACGCGCUGGCGCGCGAGGAACGCAACCUGGACGAGUCCCCGGAGGACGAUCUGGCGUAUGGCUCGGCGUCGUCGCUGCGGAAGAACCGGAGUGACAACUCGUUCGAUCAUAUCCAGCCUGAGGAUGUGCGCGAUCGGUCGCCGUCCGGUCAUGGGGGUGGGAACUGGACGUCUGGGUGGUUUGGCGGCGAGCACGGCGCAGGUGGUGGUGCGGCGGCGUCAGGCGUGGAAUUUGCCGCUCGGGCUGUAGAGGAAAUAGCUCGGUCGCGCAGUACUCGAUCUUAG